AGAGGGCGCGGUUGCCAUGGCAGCGGGUGCAGGCCGCGCCGCGCCGGGCCGCUCCUGGCGGUAACACGGGCACCGACACUGUGCUGGAGUAACAGCAUGACGGGCAACAUCUCUGGAUGAUAGACACACGGUGCUGGAGUAUCAGCGGGUCAGGUAGCAUCUGGGGAAGAUACACACACAGUGCUGGAGUAACCAAUCGGUGCAGCCAGCUUGGCAGUGUUGGGCUGAAGUUUUGGUGCGUGGCUUCUCCCCAGGACGAGGAUUAACCCCUGCGCUGCCUGCGGCUGAUGAAUCGAGACUGCAUGGAGUGAGCGCAGAGCCGCUGAGGGGAGGUGCAAUUCCUUCAGAGGAAGGCGGCGGCGGCGGCGGUGCGGCGGUGGCAUGGACGCUUUCUGCAGCAGGGGUCGCGAUGAUGUCCUUUGGGAUUCGAAUAAAACAUGGCACACAGAAAAUCCAGACUUUACAAACUGCUUCCAGAGAACCAUCCUAGUAUGGAUCCCUUGUGUCUACAUCUGGGCAUGUUUUCCAUUUUACUUCCUUUAUCUUCGUUAUAACUCGCAAGGUUAUAUUAGGAUGUCAUUGCUCAAUAAAACUAAAACGGGUUUGGGGUUUACAUUAUGGAUAAUCUGCUGGGCAGACCUUUUCUAUGCUUUCUGGGAAAGAGGUAGUGGAUUUGGACGAGCUCCUGUUUUCAUUGUGAGCCCUGCAGUGCUUGGGGUUACAAUGUUGGUUGCAGUUUUCCUUAUUCAGUAUGAGAGAUUGAAAGGGAAACAAUCCUCUGCUAUUCUUUUGAUCUUUUGGCUGCUUACAUUGGUAUGUGCCAUUCCCAAAUUAAGGACAAAUAUAAUGACUUGUAUACUUGAGCAACGUAUGACUGAUAUUUUUCGGGAAUUUACCUAUAUUAUCUAUUUUCUUCUGGUAUUUAUACAAUUCAUACUUUGCUGCAUAACAGAUCAUCCUCCUCUCUUCUCUCAAUAUGUUCAGGAUGCUAAACUUUGUCCUGAGCUAACUGCUUCAUUCCUGUCAAAGUUAACCUUCUGGUGGUUUACAGGAAUGACAGUUUUGGGAUAUAAGCGACCAUUGCAGACAGAAGAUUUGUGGUCUUUAAAUACGAAGGAUAAAUCUAAAAUUAUUGUACCACAUCUGGUUGAAGAAUGGGAAAAGGAAAGUUCCAAGAUAACAAAGCCAAAGGAGAUAAUGUAUUCUCCAAAAAAAUCGAGAAAUUCAGUCAAAGAGGAACAGGAGAAUGCUGAUGAAGCACAAGUAUUGAUUUUGAAGAAGAAAGGGAAUUUGAAGCCUUCAUUACUCAAAGCACUUUGUAAAGUUUUUGGGCCAUAUUUUAUGAUAAGCUUCCUCUAUAAAGUGAUCCAUGACUUGCUAAUGUUUGCAAGUCCUGAAAUUUUAAAGUUGCUUUUGCAGUUUAUAAAUAAUGAUAAAGCUCCAGCCUGGCAAGGCUACUUUUAUGCUUUCCUUCUAUUUAUAUGCGCAUUGAUACAGACCCUCUUCCUCCAUCAAUAUUUCCAAAUAUGCUUUGUCACUGGAAUGAGAUUAAAAACUGCGAUUAUCGGAGCAGUUUAUAGAAAGGCCCUUGUUAUUUCGAAUGCUGCAAGAAAAACAUCCACAGUUGGCGAAAUUGUAAAUUUGAUGUCAGUAGAUGCACAAAAGUUCAUGGAUUUGAUAACCUACUUAAAUAUGGUUUGGUCUGCGCCUCUUCAAGUUAUCCUCGCAAUGUACUUCUUGUGGCAGAAUCUGGGUCCCUCGGUGUUAGCUGGCGUGGCUGUCAUGAUUCUGUUGGUCCCUAUCAAUAGUAUCAUCGCAAUGAAGACAAAAACCCUCCAGGUGACGCAGAUGAAGGAAAAAGACAACCGUAUCAAACUGAUGAAUGAAGUUCUAAAUGGAAUAAAAGUUAUUAAGCUAUAUGCCUGGGAGCUGGCAUUUAAGGAAAAGGUGCUGGACAUUAGAGAGAAUGAGCUCAAAGUGCUCAAAAGUGCUGCCUAUCUUGCAGCUGUGUCUACAUUCACUUGGGUCUGUGCACCAUUUCUGGUUGCUUUAUGUACAUUUGGAGUAUAUGUGCUUGUCGAUGAGAAGAAUGUGUUGGAUGCUCAGAAAGCUUUUGUUUCUCUGGCACUUUUUAACAUUCUCAGAUUUCCACUCAACAUGCUACCCAUGGUCAUUAGUAGCUUGGUACAGGCAAGCGUUUCCUUGGACCGUCUGGAGACAUUUCUUUCUCAUGACCAACUGGACCUAGAUGCUGUGGACAGACAAUUCAAUCCAGGCUCAUUGAACAGUAUCAUUGUGAACAAUGGAACUUUCAGUUGGUCAAGAGAAGAUCCUCCAUGCCUUAAUAACAUUAGUGUAGAUAUUCCCGAUGGCACUCUCAUAGCUGUUGUUGGACAUGUUGGAUGUGGGAAAUCUUCCCUACUCUCUGCGUUGCUCGGGGAAAUGGAGAAAAUGGAAGGCUAUGUUGCUGUUAAGGAGUCAGUGGCAUACGUUUCACAGCAAGCCUGGAUUCAGAAUGCUUCUUUAAAACGCAACAUUCUCUUUGGUCAGGAAUUAGUGGAAGAGUGGUACAAAAGCGUGAUUGAGAGCUGUGCACUUCUGCCUGAUCUGGAGGUUCUGCCUGCAGGAGAUGAGACCGAAAUAGGAGAAAAGGGUGUAAAUUUGUCAGGCGGCCAGAAGCAGAGGGUGAGUCUUGCUCGAGCAGUUUACAGUAAUAAUGCAGUCUAUUUAAUGGAUGAUCCACUUUCUGCUGUUGAUGCGCAUGUUGGUCGGCAUAUCUUUGAUAAAGUGAUUGGACCCAAAGGUUUGCUGAAUGGCAAGACCCGUGUGCUUGUAACUCAUGGUAUUAGUUUCCUGCCUCAAAUGGAUAGGAUUUUGGUGAUGGUUGAUGGGAAGAUUUCAGAGUCUGGCACCUACAAGGAACUUUUAGAGCAAAAAGGAGCGUUUUCAGAAUUCCUGCGAAUGCAUGCUCCAACAGAAAACGAUAAUGUCCCAGCAAUACAGAAGCUGAAUGACACUGGUCUACAAACGUCACUGUACAAUAUCUUAACCGGGAGCAAAUCAAACAUCCAGUCUAAUGAUCAGGAAGCAACACAAUCAGGGCAGGAAAAUGAUCCAAAAGUGGAAGACCCUGGAAAAACAGAAAAAAAAGUAGCUGUCGUGAAACUAACAGAGGCUGACAAAGCUCUGACUGGUAGGGUAAAGUUCAGAGUUUUCUGGACCUAUGUGAAAGCCAUCGGAGUCUGCGUUUGUUUCUGGAUUGUUUUGUUCUACCUCUGCCAACAUAUAGCAUCCUUGUCCUCUAACUACUGGCUGAGUUUAUGGACAGAUGAUCCAGUUGUUAAUGGGACCCAACAACGCACCCCACUCAGAUUGGGAGUGUAUGGUGCACUUGGAAUAAUUCAAGGUGUUUUUGUGCUCAUUUCUUCGUUGAUGAUGAGCAUUGGAGGGAUAACGGCCUCUCGACGGCUCCAUGUUAAUGUACUGUAUGAUGUGCUGAUGUCACCACUGAGCUUUUUCGAGCAAACUCCGAGUGGCAACUUGGUAAACCGCUUCGCCAAAGACAUUGAUACAAUAGACUCGGUGCUCCCAAUGGUGAUCAAAAUGUUCCUGGGAUCACUGUUCAAUGUUCUCGCAGCUUGUGUGGUGAUUUUGAUAGCCACACCGUUAACUGCAGUGAUCAUCCCACCACUGGGGUUUCUGUACAUUUUUGUGCAGAGAUACUAUGUUGCUACUUCCCGUCAGCUGAAGAGGUUGGAGUCAGCUAGCCGAUCACCCAUUUUUUCAAACUUCAAUGAAACCUUGCUUGGAGUCAGUGUCAUCCGUGCUUUUGGAAAAGAAGAUCGUUUUAUAGACCGUAAUGACUCCAGAGUGGAUGAAAACCAAAAAGCAUAUUACCCUAGUGUUGUUGCUAACAGAUGGUUGGCUGUGAGACUGGAACUCGUUGGAAAUUUCAUUGUAUUUUUUGCUGCCCUUUUUGCUGUGACUUCCAGAAGAGAUGUCAGUCCAGGGAUUGUUGGUCUAUCCAUUUCAUAUGCCUUACAGAUAACAGCAACAUUAAACUGGCUGGUACGCAUGACAUCAGAAGUGGAAACUAAUAUUGUUGCAGUGGAAAGAGUACAACAGUAUUAUGAUACUCCAAAAGAGGCACAUUGGGUUAUUAAAAGUAAUCGCCCCCCUCAAACCUGGCCUUCGGAAGGAAAUAUAGAAUUUAUAAAUUAUGGCUUGCGGUACAGAACAGAUCUCGAUUUGGCCUUGAAGGACAUUACUAUAUCUAUAAAUGGAGGAGAAAAGAUUGGAAUAGUAGGAAGAACAGGAGCUGGGAAAUCAUCUUUUGCACUUGGUCUAUUUAGAAUAAUUGAACCAGCUGAAGGAAAAAUAUUAAUUGAUGGAAUUGACGUUACAAAAAUAGGCCUACAUGAUCUCAGGUUUCAGAUCACAAUUAUACCUCAGGACCCAAUAUUGUUCUCGGGUUCACUUCGAAUGAACUUGGACCCCUUUGAUAAGUACUCUGAUGAGGAAAUAUGGAGAGCUCUGGAACUGGCCCACCUGAACACGUUUGUGUCUGGUCUUCCAAACAAACUGAAUCAUGAAUGCUCUGAAGGAGGAGAGAAUCUGAGUGUUGGACAACGACAGCUGAUUUGUUUAGCACGAGCUCUCCUUCGGAAAUCCAAAGUCCUAGUUCUUGAUGAAGCCACAGCUGCUGUAGAUCUGGAAACGGACAAACUCAUCCAGUCAACAAUAAGAAACCAGUUUGAUCAAUGCACUGUACUCACAAUAGCACAUCGUCUCAACACCAUUAUGGAUUAUACACGGGUUAUGGUUCUAGACAGGGGCCGGAUUGUGGAGUUUGAUACCAUACCCAAUCUUAUUGAGAGAAAAGGAAGCUUCUACAAAAUGGCAAUGGACUCUGGUGUCUUGUAGCUUCAUUUCUAUUUCCCUGUUUACACCCAAGUUCCAGAUGUUACACAAACUGUUUAACUUGAAUGCAAAAUCCUUUUAAGUUGGCAUCUGUCAAAUGUUUAUAAAGAGUUUUGGAUAAAUGAGUAUUUUCAUAUACUUCAUUUUGUAGAUUUGAACAUUUUUCUUUAAGGAACAGUUGCUUUCUUAUUUAAGUAUUUAUGGUAUGUAUAAAUAUUAUAAAUAUGAGAACCUGAAAAUAUAGGUGCAAGGCAUCAAAACAUGUAGUAUAUUAUGGUACUGCAUUUAUUUUUGACAAUUGUGUAAAAUGUAAAUCUUUCAAAUCAUGAUGAAUGAAUAAUAAAGUUCAAGAUCGCUGAAUUUGAA